UGCUAGAAGGUGAACGCUAGAACUAAAAACUAAAAAUUUCACACCAGUAUUGUCAACAUUUAAAAAAUUAAUGUAAACUAAAAGUUAAAAUAUUUAGAUAAUUUCAAAAAAAUAUUGAAAGUUAUACAUAUAGCAAAAUGUUUAUUAUCAAUUAUCCAAAGAAAUGGUUUUUUCUAAUUUUUAGUAUUUUUCAUGUCUGUUACAAUCCCACUGAUAGUGGAGCUGUGCAACUAACAAGUGAUAACAUCGAUAUGACAUUAGCUUCUAAUGAUUUAGUUUUAAUUAAUUUCUAUGCUGAAUGGUGUAGAUUCAGUAACCUACUUCAGCCCAUUUUUGACGAAGCUGCUGAUAAAGUGAAAGAAGCCUUUCCAGAAGCAGGAAGUGUUGUUAUGGGAAAGGUAGAUUGCGAUCAGCAAACUAGUGUCGCUUCCAGGUUCCAUAUAACAAAAUAUCCAACACUCAAAGUUAUACGUAAUGGGCAACCAACAAAAAGAGAGUAUCGAGGUCAAAGAUCAACUGAAGCGUUUUUGGAUUUCGUGAAAAAACAAUUGGAAGAUCCUAUAAAAGAAUUUAAAUCUCUAAAAGAUUUAGAGUCUUUGGAUGCAAAAAAAAGAUGUAUUGUUGGAUAUUUUGACAGAAUCGAUCAAGAAGAAUACAAAAAUUUCCGUAAGGUUGCUAUUAAUUUAAAAGAGGAUUGUCAAUUUCAUGUUGGUUUCGGUGAUGUUGUGGCAGCUAUGCACCCUCCAGGUACACCUAUAAUUGUUUUUAGACCUGAUGUUGCAUUGUCUCACGAAAAUGAUGAAACUUUUAACGGUAACAUCAAGAGUUACGAUGAGCUGAACGUGUGGGUCCAGGAGAAGUGUGUUCCUCUAGUAAGGGAAAUAACAUUUGAAAAUGCUGAAGAAUUAACUGAAGAAGGUUUACCAUUUCUCAUUUUAUUUUACAACCCGAAUGACGCUGAAUCAAUUAAGGACUACAAAGCUAUUAUUGAAGCUGAAUUGUUAUCUGAGAAGCAAAAUGUAAACUUUUUGACGGCUGAUGGAAAACGUUUUGCUCAUCCUUUACAUCACUUAGGUAAAUCCGAAGAAGAUUUACCAAUAAUAGCAAUAGAUUCUUUUAGACAUAUGUACUUGUUUCCAAAAUUUAAGGAAAUGUAUGAGCCUGGAAGAUUAAAAAAAUUUUUGGAAGAUUUAUAUAGCGGGAAACUUCAUAGAGAAUUUCAUUAUGGACCAGAUCCUGAUUCUGAAGAACAUGUUCCUUCUAAUGACAUACAAACGCAGCCUCCGAAAUCAACGUUUAAAAAAUUAGCUCCGUCAAAAAAUCGUUACACUUUAUUGAAAGACGAAUUAUAAGAUAAGACCAGUUACUUUUAAUGUAUUUGUUUUGUGAUUUUUUUUUUUGAACUUUAAUAAUGGUGAAAGUUAUUUUAUCUUUUGCUUUAAGUCAGAAGAAAAAUUCUUUUCAGUACUUCAAAAUAUUAAGCAUUUCAGACUCGGUGUUUAUUUCAAAUAAGUUUUUAUAAAAAAAGUUGACUGACGUUUUACUGUCUGGUGUUGACUUUCAUUGUAAAAAUACUACGCUUGUGUACUAAUAUUAUUCUUUAAAUAAUAAUUCAAUCAAAUUAAAUUAACACGUACUGUAAAAAAAUAGAGCUACUUGAAAAUUAAACUAUAACCACGGUCGCAAAAAUUUGAGUAUAUUUUUAACAACUAUUUUAAAAGUAUAAAUAAGAUACAUUUCAAUUCAGCAUAGUUUUUUAGCUACAAAAUCAGUCUCAAACUCUGUCUUAAAAGAGUUUUUAAAAAUGUUAUAAGUAGUAUGUGAAAAAAGUCAUUAAUUCUAAUAAAUUUAUUUAUAAUGAAAAUAAAUUAAUUGUUUAUUUGAAAUUUUGUAUAAAGUAAAUGCGAAUUUAGCUUUAAACUACAAACGAGGGAAAUAAAAUUGAGGUGGUCGAAAACAACUUUAAAAGAUUUAUAACGCUACAAUAGAUGUAGGAAUCACUAAAACACGGAUUGUUAUGAAGACAACGGCUUCCAUCAAGAUUUUAAGCUUUAUCAAAUCUUUAGUGAAAAAAUCCUUUUUAAUUUUUAGUGAAAAAUUAAAUGAUUACAUAUGUAUAUAUGUA